AUGGAGAUGAACUACGAUGAGAAGACACUUCACCAACUCGAGUCAGAGCUCGGGACCAAGAUAUAUCCUGGUACCGAAAUCAUGACAGACACUGGCACUCAUCAUUUUGUCAAGUCUUCAAAGAACGUGCUCGUGCCACAGCCGUCAAACGAUCCAAAUGAUCCGCUGAACUGGAGUCCCUUUUGGAAGGGAACCACAAUGGGCUUGACAACCAUAAUGUCGUUUGCGCAGGCCGUCGGUCCUCUAGCGUUGCCCCCGAUGUUCCCCAAACUAAUGGCAGAAUUCAACUGUGAUCUGGCGGGUGCCGUUCAAUUUAUUGGUGUUUGUAUUCUAGUUCUAGGUUUCAGUAAUUUCUUCUGGGUCCCUAUUAUGACGACAUUCGGCCGCCGACCCGUUCUCAUAUUCUCAACACUGAUUUGCGUCAUCGCAAAUAUCUGGCGUGGUGUCGCAACCUCCUAUGGAAGCUUUAUGGGCGCCUGCGUUCUUAACGGCUUUGGAGCCGGCCCCGCCGAGACCGCUCAACCCCAGAUCAUCGCUGAUGUAAUGUUUCUUCAUGAGCGCGGUGCUUAUAAUACCCUUUAUUUCACUGCGUAUUUUGGUUCCCUGAUGGUCGGUCCUAUCAUUGCUGGUCCCAUGACAGAUUAUCUUCACUGGCGGCACUUCUGGUGGCUUAAUGUUGGCCUUCUCGGAGCCGUAAAUGUCGCCUUGGUCUUUUUGUUUCCAGAGACAAAAUGGCACCGCCUUCAUCCGGAAGAGCUAGCAAACCUCGAUGGACCUCUAAACUGUGGUGGUGUCAUGAAUAAACAACCUGAAAAGGCAGAAACUACGUCUGUUGAAGCGGCAUCUGAGUUGCAGGCUGAGAACGGACAAGUCAGCCGUGUUGAGACACAAAAAGACACUUUCUUGGGCAAAGGAGUUCCCUGCAAACGGCAAUUCAAACUUUGGCAGUUGCACGAUCAUCCAUUCAAGUCAAUGCUUGGUGAAUUUUGGACACCUUGGAAGCUGCAUGCCUUUCCUAUUGUUCAACUCGCGGCUUUUGUUGUCUCUUGGUCUGCAUCUGUAUUCCUAACCGUCAAUUUAACGCAGAGCCAGAAUUUCGCGGCACCGCCAUACAAUUUCUCCCCACAGGCUGUUGGUUUUACAAACUGGGCUCUUCUUGUCGGUGCCUUGAUUGGGCUGUUUACCAAUGGACCUCUAUCCGACUGGGUUUCCAUGCGUGCUACCAGAAAAAAUAAUGGGAUCCGAGAGCCGGAGAUGAGGCUCCCUGCCAUGAUACCAUACGUAAUUCUCGUGAUUGUCUGCAACCUGGUGGUGGCAUUGGGAUACCAAUACAAAUGGGAUUGGAGAGCUAUCGUUUUGGUCGGCUAUACGGGAGCAGGAAUCCAAGUCGCGGCCCUUCCUGCUAUUAUUAGCACAUAUGCCAUCGAUAGUUAUAAGCCAGUUGCUGGGAGUAUUUUUGUCACCAUCACCGUCAACAAGAAUUUAUGGGGCUAUGGCGUCGGCAAAUUUCUCACCCCUUGGACGAUGAAAAACGGGUUUAUCCCUGCUAUUAUGGUCAACAUGGCCCUGACAGUAUUCUGGUGCGCAUGCGCCAUCCCAUUCUACGUUUGGGGAAAGAAGCUACGCAAGUUAACGUCGAAGUCAUCUGUACACAAAAUGUAA